CGCGUGAUGUGCUAGGAAACUUGAAGCGUCGGCCCAUUUCUCUAUUUCCACCCAAUUCCCAAGAUGGCAUGGCUGACAGGCGGCGCGCCCGCCCCGGCCUCGGCCCCGCGCUGCUCAUGGCGCAAGUCCUCCACCACCAACAAGAAGCCAGCAUCGACACUCAAGACGUCGGUGCCACCGCCACCCAAGACGCUCGGCUCGACUACCGACCGCUACUCGAUGCUGUCGCGGGCUGAAGAGCUCACGUACCACAUCCACCAAGCAGAGAAGCUCGAGGAGCUCUACCAGUACGCAACCGACGCCUCUACGGCCAUCGUGCCAGCGCGUCGCGUGGUCGCAGUCCCGACCGAGUCGGGCUCGGCCUUCCACAUUUUCAACAGCAGCGCCAAGAGUAGCAGCGCCAAGACGACCAUGAUGAGUUGCGAGUACGAUGCAGACGCAUACCGCCCGACAUUCGCCUCCGAGCCGUCUCGCCCGACGUUCGCGGCCGAGCACUACCGUCCGACCUUUGCGUCCGAACCCCGGCCAACGUUCCACGAAGGCCAUGGCAGCUUGCAGGCGCGCCAGUCGCUGCCAACCGAGAUGCGCUUGCCGCAGCCGUUCGUCCUCUACGACGAGCUCACGGCGUCCACAUACAGCACGCCGUCCGCGGCCACCGACUACAGCCUCGAAGACAGCUAUGCGUCCGAGUUUGAGUUCUAGUUUUUCUUAUUGUCCUCCGCUAGCAGUAGCCCACGUAGUAUUUAUUAGGUUUAGCAUGUAUAUAACGUCAACUUAGCUGGUAGUGUUUUCUCA